GCUUCACAUAUACAUAUAAAGUGAAUUGUCAAAAAUAACAUGUUUUAAAUGUCACUUUUGUUUGUGACUAAAAAAAUUACAUUUUUAUUAGUUUUAAACAAUCAAUUAAAAAACAAUUACGAUUAUUAUUAAUAAAAACUAUUGUGGAAUAUAGAGAACGGAUUUUACACAAUUAUAUAAUAUUGUCGAAAAAAAAAUGAUUAAUCUAUUUUCGUGAUUUUGGAAAUCUACAAGACUUUUUCAAAAAAAAAAAAUGUCCGGAAUUAAGAAUGAAAAUGAUGGUGAAGAUCAUUUUUCAAGACAAGAAUCUUACAGAAAACUUGUACCUGGAAAUACUAAUAAUGAAGAAUUGGGAAUGAAAAGAAUUGAUCAAUCUAAUUUAUCUCAAAAUAAUAAAGAAUAUGCUGCUUUCCUUCAGGAAUAUAAUAUUCUUUCUGAAUAUAAUUUGCUACGAAGUCAAGAUUUAAAAGGAAUUUAUGUGAUACCGUCCGCUAAAAAUCCAUUCAUUUGGUUUGGUGUUCAAUUUAUAAGGCAAGGUAUUUAUCAAGGAGGAGUUUUUAGAUUUACAUUAACAUUGCCGUCAAAUUUUCCCGAAGGAGGAUGUCCGAUCGUUAUUUUUCAAACAAAAAUCUUUCAUCCACUUAUAAAUAGUGAAACUGGUGAAUUAAAUACAAUUUGGGGUUUUGACGAAUAUAGAAGAAAUAAUCGUGUUUGGCAAUUAAUUCAAUAUAUUACCAAAGUCCUAACGAAAGUUGAUUCCAAAAUGACGCCAAUUAAUGAAGAAGCAUCUCUUUUAUUAGAAACAAAUUUCGAAGAAUUUCGAGAACGCGCCAAGAAUUGUGUGAAAGAAAGUCUUAAUCAAGUUUAUAAUUCACCAACAAGUGAAGAUCCACAUUAUAUAACUUUUAGUCCUUAUGAUAAAGAACUUCAUGGACCAAUUAGACAAGAUAUCUAUAAACCAAAGGAAGGUGAUAAUAAAGCAAUUGGAUUUUCUUGGGUUCAACCGGGUUCUCUUCAACCAUUUUCUAAACCUGACGCAAGAUAAUAAUAAUAAUCUAAAAUUAAAAAUACCUUUCUAAUAAAAAGGUGGCUGAGUGAAAGAGUUUUCUAUCAAUAAUCUGUUAAAUAGAAUAUCAUCUAUUUUCUAAACAGAAAAACUUUUUAUAUUUUUAAAUAACAAAAUAGUUCUAAUAUAUUAAUAUAAAUAAGUAAUUUUUUAUAUAAAAAAUUUAUCAACUCUUUCUCUCUCUCAAAAAAAAAAUUGAAUAUUUUAAAUACUCAUGUGUGACGUAUAUGAAAAAAAUCUUUGACUUGUGCGAUUAUAUUUAAUGAAAAAAAUUAAUCAGUGUUUUUAAGUGACAUAAUUUUAAAUUAAUUUAAUUAUAAUGAAGAAAUACUUCACGUGUGUUUUUAAACAGUCACAAAAUUUUAUAUUUUUUCUAAUGGGUAUUAUUUAAGAAAAUUUUGAAUUAAUCAUAAAAAGAACCGAACAAUUUAAAAAAACAUUGUUGACAAAAUUUGUCAUACAAAUUAUUAUUAAAUAAUGAUUAAUUAUUUUAUAAUAAAUUAUUAAUUGAAUAUUUUAUUCUCAGUAUUUAAAAAAAGAAAAUAAGAUACAACAAAUUUAUGUACUUUUGUCGCGUUUACAGUAUUUAU